AUGGGAACACUUUUUGCUGAAAGGGGUGCUAAGUGGAGUGUAGUAUUGAGUUCUGGACAAACAUUUACAGAAAGUUGCAUGAAGGUGAUGAAAGAAGAAAUGGCAAAAUCCAGCACGCAUCAUGUAAGAAUAUUUGACUAUAACCAUAACACUUUCAGUGUGAAGGAGACAAUGGACCAUGGUGAAGGAAAGCCUAUGGGAGAUUACAAGGUAAACCUAAAAGAUCUUUGGUGUGACUGUGGAAAGUGUCAAGCUUACCGUGUUCCUUGUUCACACGUUAUUGCUGCAUGUUCUGUGGUGCGCCAAGACGCCUAUGCUCUACUGUCCGGCGUUUACAGAGUCGUAAAGUUAUUCGGUGUUUACAACACAAGUUUUCCAGUACUACCAUUAGAUGAGUAUUGGCCCUCCUUUGAAGGAGAUCAAAUUUGUCACAACCCAUUGAUGCGGAGGAACAAGAAAGACCGUCUGGUGAGCUCACGUAUUAGAACGGAAAUGGACAAGUAUGAUAAGUUGGAGAGAAAAUGUGCGUUGUGUCGUCUUCCUGGUCACAACCGAACGAAUUGUCCAAAUGUUGGAACCAGUAAUGUAUAG